AUGCGCAAUCUUUCCCUGUGGAAGACAGCGGUCGUCUCCCUGCCUGAGGUCGAAUUUUCUUCUUCUGACGGAAGCGCCGAGCCGAAGCAACCGAAGGAGUCGGCGUCGCGGAGCGUCACUGCCAUCGCGCUCGACCUGGACCAAAACGCCAUCCUUGUGGCCACCGAGCACAAGUCUGCUAGCAGCGAUGGCGAGGUUUCCGUUACCAUCUGGAACCUUUCCAACGAUCCUUCCAAAGUACAGGUCACUGAGCUCACCACCUUCACCACACCGACACUGGCCGCAUCAAAUCCUUGGGCUGGAGGGUCGACUUCUACGCGCAAAAUCCCCCAAGAUGCGUGGCACGACCCGGAGGUGCUUUCGCUGCACGUCGUCCCAGACGAGCACACCCUCGUCGCCGUCACCCGCGCCGGGGACAUCGUGACGAUUCCGCUUGAUGAUGAUGCUCCAACCGCAGAAGUUGUGGGCUCCAUCGACGGAGGUGUUAUGGGCGCCGGAUGGAGCCCGGAUGACACAGUCCUCGUGCUUGUCACAGGGGAAGAUAAACUCAUCUUGAUGACCCCGACAUUCGAUAUCCUCUGGGAGGGUCCCCUCCACCCCACCGACUUUGGCGAAGAUGCGCCCAUCAACGUCGGCUGGGGCUCCAAGCAAACGCAGUUCCACGGCUCCGCAGGAAAAUCUGCCGCAGCCUCGACGGUCCCGAUCGCAUCCGUUGGCGCCAGCCCGGACGACGACGGCCACGCGCGCGUCAGCUGGCGCGGCGACGGCGCUUUCUUCGCCGUCAGCGUCCUCGAGGGCGCAAACGAGACGGAGACGCGCCCGCACCGCCGGCUUCGCGUGUACUCGCGCGACGGCGCGCUGCAGAGCACCGCCGAGCCCGUCGCGGGGCUUGAGCACGGGAUGGCGUGGCGACCCUCCGGGGGCCUCAUCGCGAGCACGCAGCGCUUUGGCCGCGUGCCCGGCGCCCCCAAAGAAGAUGGAGACGCUGGACUGGGACAGGGGCGCGACGGCCGGCACGAUGUGGUUUUCUUUGAGCGGAACGGCUUGAGGCAUGGAGAGUUUGGGCUGCGCGAGGGGCUUCCGGUGAAAGACCAGAGCGGUCGGGAAGUACAGCCAAAGGCCUCUGACCGGCGGAGAUGGGGUUAUCGCGUGAGGGAGGUUGCGUGGAGCGCGGACUCGAACGUGCUGAGUGUCUGGCUGGAACGCGAGGGCGUGGAUGUCGGUGAGGCGAUCGAUCUCGCUAACGGACACAGGUACCUGAAGCAAGAGAUCACGGCUUCAUCAAUAUCUGAAAGCAUCUCUGGACGUUUCACCAAUGUCAAAUGGCACCCUGAAGACCCAUUGUAUAUCAUUGUGACCACAGCUACGCACAUCCUGCUGCGCACGUAUUCCUGGGAUACGUGCUCAUCACAAGCUGCGCCUCCUUCGGAUUCCGGCUCCGUUUCAGUAAUUGAUGGAAUCAACGCCCUCUUGACUCCGUUUAGGACGCAAAAUGUACCCCCACCGAUGGCCGCACACACGCUGGCCUUUGAUGCACUUUCCAACCACGCUAUCCAGCCGCCGGUCUUCCGCAACGCCACCCCUGUGCAUGCCGCGUUCUCACAUCGGCGAGAUUUACUGGCCGUUCUCUGGGAGUAUGGUGUCCUCUGUGUAUACGACCUUCAUACGCGACUUGUACCAGGGCGAGGAAAAGUGAUGGAGCCUGAGCUCCUCUGGACGACACGCGAAGCCCACGACGGUUGCCGUCAGGUCGUGGUUCUUGACGACGAUCCUACCCAGCCGGAGAAAUACAGGUUCGCCAUCCUGGGCGGUGGCCUUAAUGAAGAUUGGAUCCUGGACGUCGGAUCUACGCCGUCGUUGGAGAAAAGUUCGUAUGUACACGUGCCUAGAAAUAUGGGACGGUUGGCGGAAGGUUCUGGACGAGAUUUGUUCUGGCAAGCACCCGACGGUCGCAUUCACAGAGUCGAUACCGAAAAGGGGCACUUUGAUGAAACCGCGAAGCUCCCUGAGUUCUGCUUUUGGAGCGCAUCCGUCGCUAUCUUUAACAGGCUUUAUGUCGCCGACGGUCACACCUCCCUUACGCUCGCGAGCAACGUCAACUCCUUCACGCUUACCCCGGGUUUUCUCAUCUACGCCACUACCGCACACCUCGCGCACUUUGCUCCCAUCAAGACCCUUGUCGCGACCCUCGCACGGGCUGCUGAGGCUCCCGAUAACCCGGUUCCAGAGUUCGAGACGCGGAGGGUCGAGCGUGGGUCGCGGAUCGUGACGACGGUUCCGAGCGCGAUGAACCUCGUCUUGCAGAUGCCGCGAGGCAACCUGGAGACGAUCAGCCCGCGGCCGCUCGUGCUGGAGGUCGUGCAUCAGGACAUCGCGAGUGGGAACUACGCGAAGGCGUUUGCGUCGUGCAGGAAGCACCGCGUCGACCCGAACGUUUUCGUGGAGCACGACCAAGAAGUCUUCAUAAAGGGUAUCCCGUCCUUUAUUGAGCAGGUUGCCGACGUGGACUAUAUCAACCUCUUCCUCACGAGCCUUGGACAAGGUUCGCUUUCGUCUGAGCUGGUCGCUCAGAUAUGUGAUACGAUUCGAGUCGAGCUGGAACGGAUAGACCUCAAAAAAUACGUGAACUCAAUCCUCACUGCUCACGUCGUCAAGAGGCCUCCAGACCAUGAGGCUGGCUUGGCGCUGCUGCUUCGGUUGAAAGAGUCAGAGCCCAAUCUCGUGGAAGACGCUGUGAAGUACAUCAUUUUCCUCGUCGACGCCGACAAGCUGUUCGACACGGCGCUUGGAAUGUACGACUUCUCGCUCGUGCUCAUGGUGGCGCAGCACGCUCAGAAGGAUCCGCGAGAGUACCUUCCCUUCCUUCGCGAACUACGUGCAAUGGAUCAUCACUACCAGCGCUUCAGAAUCGACGACCACCUGAAGCGGUACGAUAAGGCAUUGACCGGUCUUUACCUUGCUGGGCCCGAGAGAUUCAAGGAGGCGAUGACUUACGUCGAGAACCACCAGUUGUACGAGCCCGCGCUAUCACUGUGGAGAGACAGCGACAAGUGGCACACCGUUCUCUUCCACUAUGGUACAUGGCUCUGGGGGAGGAAUGAGCACCGCGAAGCUGCCUUCGUCUUCCGCCAAGCGAACGAGCCGCGGGAAGCAAUGAAGCUGCACGAAAAGGCUCUUGACUGGCAGGAACUCUUCGAGCUCGCGGUUCAUCUCGACGUCCCCGAAGACGAGCUGAAAGACAUAGCAUACCGCGUCGCCGAAGCUCUCACUUCCAAGAAGCGAACAGCUGAUGCCGCGCGCGUCCUCCUCGACUAUGCCAAGGACGUUCGCGAGGCGACGAUCGCGCUCGUCGAGGGCGGUCAUUUCUCGGAAGCGCGCCGGAUCAUCGCCCUCCAUCGGGAGCCCCAGUUGUUGGAUGAGAUCGUGCACCCGGGUACGCUGGAGUGCCGCGCGCGCAUCGGAGAGGAGCUCGGUGAGAUGCGCGAGCAGCUCCGGAAGCAGCUCCAGCGCGUGCGCGAGCUGCGGGUGCGCAAGGUCGAGGAGCCGGACGCAUUCUAUGGUGUGGAAGACGCAGAUCUGCAUAACGUCGACGUGAUGACGGACGCGUCCAUGGCGCCCACCGCGUUCACCCGGUACACCGUCGCUCCAUCCGCGAUGUCCAAGACGUCUUCAAAACGCAGCUCGCGGUCGAAGAGGAAGCUCGAGCGUAAAGUCGGAUCUGGCCGCAAGGGCACAUCCGUCUCGAAGUUGGUGACGAGGUUUCAAACGGCCCAAACCGACAGUUCCAAUGUCCUUCCGCAUCUCCUGCAGUUCACAGACGAGCAUCGCGCGGAGGCCGCGUCACUGCAGCAUGAACUGGAAGAGUUCGCCAAAGAGCUCAACACGGCCCUCGAAGAUAUCUGGACGAAGACCCCAGACGUCGAGGAGGGGCCCACCUCACCCAGAUGCUGGGCCGCGCGCAUGGAGGCACACGAAAAGCGCACGCACGUCAACCCCGUCGACAACGUGCCGAAGCCGGAACUCCCUAAACAGGAGUGGAAGCUCCGCCUGCCGAGUUCGCGCGUCGGCGGUGGGGUGGCGGCGUAG